AUAUAUAUAUAUAUAUAUAUAUACCGCCUGACGAAAUAAGCGCCCCCGGUCCGCUUCCCUUUGUCGAACCGGGCUGACUCUGACUUGACUCCUUUAAACGCGCUGAAAUAUGAGGCCAGGGGAAAUGGGAGGAAAGUGUUUUCUCGCUCACUGAAGUUAUUGGAGGUUCUCCUUGUGGAAGAGAGGAAGAGAGAGGUGGCGGCGGACACCACGAGUUCACUCUCACAGUAAAAGGAGUGAGCUCAGCCUUCCAACAAACCUCCCCCUCCUUGCUGGGCUAAGAUGAGUAUUACCAGUGACGAAGUGAAUUUCUUGGUCUACAGAUACCUCCAAGAGUCAGGUUUUACCCACUCAGCAUUCACCUUUGGCAUUGAGAGCCACAUCAGCCAGUCAAACAUCAAUGGAACACUAGUGCCCCCUGCAGCACUCAUCUCCAUCUUGCAGAAAGGACUACAGUAUGUUGAGGCAGAAAUCAGCAUUAAUGAGGACGGGACUGUCUUUGAUGGGCGGCCGAUCGAGUCACUUUCGCUUAUUGAUGCUGUGAUGCCCGACGUGGUGCAGACGCGGCAACAAGCCUUCCGUGACAAGCUAGCCCAGCAACAUGCCGCCUGCACCGUCUCUGCUUCAACCUCAGGAAACCAGUCUAAUGCACCAAAGAAUGGAGAAGCCACCGUUAACGGAGAGGAGAACGGCACUCACAACAUGAAUAACCACAGUGAGCCCAUGGAUGUGGAUGGAGAUGUUGAGAUACCAGCCAGUAAAUCCACGGUCCUCCGAGGCCACGAGUCUGAAGUGUUCAUCUGUGCCUGGAACCCUGUCAGUGACCUGCUGGCGUCAGGCUCGGGCGACUCCACAGCUCGGAUCUGGAACCUAAACGAGAACAAUAGCUCCAGCUCCACCCAGUUAGUUCUCCGUCACUGUAUCCGAGAAGGUGGUCAGGAUGUUCCCAGCAACAAAGACGUCACGUCACUGGACUGGAAUAGCGAGGGCACUCUUUUGGCGACAGGCUCGUAUGAUGGGUUUGCCAGAAUAUGGACGAAGGAUGGAAAUCUGGCCAGCACCUUGGGGCAGCACAAAGGGCCAAUAUUUGCACUCAAAUGGAACAAGAAGGGGAACUGUAUUCUGAGUGCGGGUGUAGAUAAGACGACAAUCAUUUGGGAUGCAAAUACAGGAGAAGCCAAGCAGCAGUUUCCUUUUCACUCAGCUCCUGCGCUGGACGUGGACUGGCAGAAUAACACCACGUUUGCCUCCUGCAGCACAGACAUGUGCAUCCACGUGUGUCGCCUUGGUAGCGACCGGCCUCUCAAGACCUUCCGGGGUCACUCGAAUGAGGUCAAUGCCAUUAAGUGGGAUCCAUCAGGUAUGCUGCUCGCCUCCUGCUCCGAUGACAUGACCUUAAAGAUCUGGAGUAUGAAACAGGACUCCUGCGUCCACGACCUCCAAGCUCACAGUAAAGAAAUCUACACAAUCAAGUGGAGCCCGACUGGACCAGGCACCAAUAACGCUAACUCCAACAUCAUGCUUGCCAGUGCAUCGUUUGACUCGACAGUGCGACUAUGGGAUGUUGAGCGAGGGGCUUGUAUACACACCCUGACCAAGCACCAGGAGCCUGUCUACAGCGUGGCCUUCAGCCCCGAUGGCAAACACCUGGCCAGCGGCUCCUUCGAUAAAUGCGUCCACAUUUGGAACACCACGACUGGAGCCCUGGUCCACAGCUACAGGGGGACUGGGGGCAUUUUUGAGGUCUGCUGGAACAGCACAGGAGAUAAAGUUGGAGCCAGUGCAUCGGAUGGCUCGGUUUGUGUUCUUGAUCUCCGGAAAUAGCCCUUCCAAAAGGAUGAAAAAUCCUGGAAAACGCAGAAAUUUGCCUUCUUCAGACAUCAGCAAACACACUCUCCUCGCUUGAGAAGGGCUGUAAAGGUGGACUGAAACGAACCCCUCACAGGACCUUAAUCAGAUGACAGCAGCAGCAACACCAACUAAAUUCAUUGCACCUUAAUUUUUGUUGAUGUUUGUUUUUAUGGAGAGCCUGAGAGAGGAUGGAAACUGACUCGGAAAGCCUUGAAAGUGGAUCUGACUCCCCCCUGGGUUCAUCCAUGUAUCAAAAGGUUUCUAACCAGAACAUGCUGGGGUCCCCACAGGCUGCAGAUCCUGCUGUUAUUAAGGUGCAAGGGUGGAAACAAAGAUGAGUCAAGAAUUACAGAAAGAAGGGAAAACGGUUGUUUGAGCUGGAAGAAGCAAAAUGUAAAGUGAAGGCGUUGGGCUUUUAAUUCCUCUUAAGGAAAUAUAAUUUGAUGUCCAAAUGAUGGAACAGGCAGGAAGAUGAGAGUAACCAAUUAUCACAGCAAGCUGACGGGGUGCCUAACGUUUCCACAGUACUUGUUGCUUGAAUGACGUUAUCAGCAGAUGGACUUUAGAGAGUCAGAUUGAAUGUGCCGCUACGAGGUAGAUCCUAGUUCAUAAAAAAAACAAAAAAAAAACACAGGUCAACAAGAAGAAAACUUGCCAAGUAAUCAUCCGAAUACCCUAAAACGGCCUGUUCUCUUAAAAUAAACAGAUUUUCGUUUUGUAAAAAAAAAAAAAAUGAUGUGAAAAUUGUGGUUUACAAAGAGAAUCUUUCUCCCUUUUUGGAUGUAAAUUUCAAGAAUGUAAAGAUGUGUAAAUCAGAUGAAAACACAGACUUAUAUACUGUGUAUAUAUGUUUAUAUACAGUUCACUUUAUCGCUAUCUACAGGGGCUCUUUAUUGGCGAGAGCCGUCGUCUUCACUCUCAGUUUGUGACUAAGUGCAUGUGUUAUCGGCCUCUUUUAUGACAGUCUUUAUAAACACGCUCAGCUAUAUACAACGUCGUUUUCUUUUUUAAUAAGGUGAAAAAUGAUACGGUGAGAUGUAAUAACCAUCCCACUAUGUCCUCCUCUGUUGGCUUGUCAUCCAAAAUAAGGAAGGGAACAGCCAUCGCUCUCCUUCUUGGUUUGCUGAUUCAGCUGAUCUGACAGCUUAUUGCCAAUAAAUCCAACCUUUUAAGAGAAUGAACCCGACUCAUGGGAGUUCUGCUGGCUUUGUUAGCGUCGCCAUGUUUCCUCUGUGGCACUUUAAGCUGAAUCUAGCUACAUUAUUUUAACCAGAGGGUGGAGUUCUGCAAAAAAAUAAAAAAUCCUGCUGGAAGCAAAACAGCCUUUGUUUUAAAUUUUAUUUUCCACCUGGUUAAGUUUGGUAAUGGUUUUGAAACUCCUGUGAUGUGGAUGGCAAAUCAGUACUGCAAUAUAUUCCACUUCUUUUUGCCUUCUUGUUUUUGAUCUUUCACAUUGAUGGCAUUUUCUGCAACAGCGACAUGAAGUGCACUUUUUGUGAUGGUGGAUUCAGAGGGCGUUCGGCUUUGGUUGAAAGUGCUCUGUUUUUUUUUUCUAUAAUUCUUUUGUCUUUAAUGAUUCGAUUGUAAAACAUAUUGCAAAGCUUUCUUUUUUUUUUCUUCUUUUUUCGUUUCAUUUUCUGAGAGCCAUUAUUGUCUGUGUCAGACUGAGAAUUGGGCUGUGUCUGGGGGGUGGGGAGUGAACAUUGGCAUGCCAAGAAGCCCAAAACAUGAGGUGACAGCUAUUUUCUCUCUUGUACCUUGAUCAAGGGUGCUGUCACCUGUUUCCAAGACAAAACUUUGAAGUCAUUCAUUGUUUCAAAUAAAUUACUAUAUUUUGAUAUUUGAAAA